AAGGCAGAAUUCCAGGCGGGCCUCGCGCCAAUGCAGCCAUCCUAUGUUUCUGUGGAGAGAGAGGGAGUGUAUGGUUCACUCAAGCAGCACUUGCAGGUGCUCUAGCCAUGUUACCGGAUUGGUCUAUGGUUUCUAGGUCUUCAACAGGAGGAAGGGUGGAGGCUCUGUACAUCUUAGAUCGCGGUCGCAUCUGCUACGAAAGGAACCGAGCCGACGGGACGCUCUAUCCGAGAGAAGAGGACCAUUGACGAGCGCUGGCAUUCAGGACACCCUACAGGUCAAUAUUCCUUUCUAUCGUUCGAGUUCAUCAUGUCAUCCGCUCUGCGUUUUGGAAUCGCACCAGCCGUGACAGCUACAACAGCGCCGCCAAUACCCAAAGCUCGAGAAUGGGCGACGUCAUAUCUCGCCUCGAAUCCCGAGUUGCCCCUCCUCGACCUGUCUCAAGGUGUACCAGGUGACCCACCGGACGAGACCGUCCUGGCAGCAUUAGCCAAAGCAUCGUCAGAUCCUCGGUCUGCAAAGUAUGGCUCUAUUCUCGGAGAAAUCGAGCUGAGAGAGGCUCUAGCAGAGGAAUUCAAUGUCCAGUACGGAGUGGGAUCAAGCAGUAGCUCGUCAGGCCGCAAGAGCUCGAAAUUGUCAGCACAAGACAUUGGCAUCACUACAGGCUGUAACAUGGCCUUCCUCGUUCUCGUUAUGGCUUUGUGUCCUCCUUCAACAUCCUCUGUCUUGCUUCCUCUGCCAGCGUACUUUAAUCACUCGAUGGUGAUGACCAUGCAAUCUGUCAAACCGCUCUAUAUCCCUUGCGAACCAGAGAGCGGGUUCAGACCAUCGAUUUCGGCAGCUCGUGACCAUCUGGAGACGGCAAAGGGGCAAUCUGAGGGGAGCACCAGGCCCCGUAUGAUCUGCCUAGUCACGCCGAACAACCCGACCGGAGCAGUGUAUUCCCCUCGAGAGUUGGAAGAUUGGUAUGACCUGGCCAAAGAAUUCGAAGUAGCUCUUGUGCUGGACGAGACAUAUCGAGAUUUUGUGGAUGGCCCUCCUCACCAUCUAUUCGAUCGAGAGGACUGGCGAGAGACAUUGGUGUCGUUGGGCAGCUUCAGCAAGGGUUACAGGAUACCCGGACAUCGUCUAGGAAGUAUCGUAGCUUCUCCCGAUCUUCUCCGCCAUCUCGCUACUGUCUGUGAUUGUAUGCAGAUAUGUGCACCCCGUCCGCCGCAGAUCGCAUUGGCCUCCCUCCUGCCAUCUCUCCGUGUCUCUCUCACAGCUUCCAGCGUAGCGCUACAAUCUCGUCACAGACUUUUCACAGAGAUCAUCACCUCAAUCCCGGGAUGGCAAGUCGUUUCGCAGGGUGGAUUCUAUGCCUACGUCGCCUUUCCAGAGGACUACAAAACUGCUUCCUCUGCUCUUGGUAGGAAGCGGAAGAGCUUGGGCAGUGAAGACGUUGCAAAGGUGCUUUCGCUACAGUGUGGAGUUUUGACGCUACCUGGGUCCUUCUUUUGCCCGAGUGGAGAAGAGCUGGAGGCGCUGGAAGGAGCUGGUACAGAACAAUUGAGAGAGGACAAGUGGUUGAGAUUCGCAAUCGCUAAUGUGGAUGAUGAGGCAGUGAGACAGCUUGGGCCGAGAUUGCAUAAGAUGAACGGUAUCAUGGGUUUCGGGGAGGAGGUGGUGGUGGUGGACGAUUGACUGUCGACACGGUCAGGGGAGACAUGGACAAGCGAACAGUAGAAGUACAUCCAGGAUCGACAGAAGACGUGAGGCGACAGUGUCAUCAUGACUCUGUGGGCUGCUCUGUAUUACCAGCUGUUGCUUCAGCUUGAGCCUGCUUCUCUAGCAUGCGCCUGCGUUAAAAUAUGGUCAACAUUGCCUUACACAUAGACACGACGUCUUGCAACUCACCUUCUGGCCUCCAGGAUCAUCU